AUGGCUGGAGCAGGUGGAGAUGGUGGUGAUGAGUAUCAUCAGUUGGACGAAGCUCAGCCUCUAUUACGGGAUGCAAUGAAUGCACAGAUGCAACGUUUGCUGGACCGUAACAAUGGGGAGGUCUUUGGACGACUAGAAUUUUUGAAGAACCAAGCCAAUCAGAAUGCUAGACGAAAUAUAGGUGGGAAUAGAGGUAACAAUGGCGGUAAUGACCGGCCGAGGCAGAAUCGGGUUGAGGGAGUAAAGCUCAAUGUUCCUCCCUUCAAAGGCAGAAGUGAUCCAGAUGCCUACCUAGAUUGGGAAAUGAAGAUUGAGCAUGUAUUUGCCUGCAAUGACUACACAAAAGAGCAGAAAGUCAAACUAGCAGCAACUGAAUUCUCUGACUAUGCCCUUGUUUGGUGGCAUAAAUACCAGAGAGAAAUCCUGAGAGAGGAACGGCAAGAGGUAGAUACAUGGACUGAGAUGAAAAGGGUGAUGAGAAAAAGGUAUGUGCCCACUAGCUAUAACAGAACCAUGCGACAGAAACUCCAAGGGUUGUCCCAAGGGAAUUUAACUAUGGAAGAAUAUUAUAAAGAGAUGGAAAUGGCGUUAGUGAGGGCCAACAUCGAAGAGGAAUCCGAAAACACAAUGGCUCGUUUCCUGAAUGGUCUAAACCCUGAAAUCAGAGAUGUUGUUGAAUUACAGAAGUAUGUGGCGUUGGAUGACUUGUUACAUAGGGCACUCCGGGUUGAACAACAAAUUAAAAGAAAAAGUGCAACAAAGAGGAACUCACCCAAUACUUACAACCAGAACUGGGCCAACAGAUCCAAGAAGGAGGGAGGUAAUUCGUUCCACCCUGCAGCCACAUCCCCGCAGGGAAAGUCAGCAGCGUCCAGUGUAGGUGGAAGCAAACAUAACACCUCCACUUCCUCAUCCAAUACUGGAACCAGAAACAUAAAAUGCUUCAAGUGCUUAGGCAGAGGACAUAUUUCUUCUGAAUGUCCAACCAGGAGGACCAUGAUCAUGAAGGCUGAUGGAGAAAUCACUAGUGAGUCUGAAAUUAGUGAAGAAGAAGUGGAAGAAGAGUAUGAGGAGGAAGCUAUGCAGGGUGAUAUGCUGAUGGUGAGAAGGUUGUUGGGAAAUCAGAUGCAACCACUGGAUGACAAUCAUAAAGAAAAUAUUUUCCACACCAGGUGUGCAAUUAAUGGUAAGCUAUGCUCUUUAAUUGUUGAUGGAGGAAGCUGUACCAAUGUUGCAAGUUCCAUAUUAGUGACCAAACUGAAUUUGGAAACUAAGCCCCAUCCUAGACCAUACAAACUUCAGUGGCUUAGUGAAGAUGAAGAGUCUCUUAUGCAGGAUUUUGAUGAUGUGUUUCCAGAAAGUGUACCGGAUGGUUUGCCACCAUUUAGGGGAAUUGAGCAUCACAUUGAUCUCAUUCCAGCAGCAUCCUUGCCCAAGUGUCUGAAUUCCUAUGCAAAGGUUGGGUGA